CCGCCCCGCUCACACGUCAAACUUCUCAAAGCUUAGGUAUUUAGGAUCCAAGUACCUUCAAUAUACAGUCAUAAAGCAUACAAGUCGCAUACUAGCACGUUCAUCAUGAGCGAGAAGGCAGGUCCCGGUGCUGGUUUUGAGUUCCCCAGCUACGAGGUUUCGUGGAUGAAGCGUGAUCUGUUGCUUUUUGCAACCAGCAUCGGCGCUACUUACCCUGACGAACUACACUUCCUCUAUGAACUGCACCCUAGAUUCGCAGCGUUCCCCACAUACCCCGUCAUCUUACCUUUCAAGCGCACCGACCAGGAAGUGGUCGACUUCUACGUCCGCUCGAAUUCCGAGCCUAUCAAAGGCGUACCCAAGUUCGACACCACGCGUGUUGUUGACGGCGAGCGCAAGGUUGAGUUCCUCAAGCCCAUUCCCGUCUCCAGUGAGGGUCGCAAGUUCGAGAUCAGGAGCAAGGUGCUCGGCGUCUACGACAAGGGAAAGCCCGGCACAGUAGUCGAGACAGAGCAGAGGCUUGUAGAUGCCGAGACUGGCGAGACAUACAGCAGAGCUAUUGGCAGUGGCUUCUACGUCGGUCAGGGAGGAUGGGGAGGCCCCAAGGGCCCCAAGGUCCCCAACUACCCAGCUCCAGAGCGCGCGCCAGACGCGACCCGCACCGUCCAGACCACCAUGGAGACUGUCCAUCUCUACCGCCUGAACGGCGACUACAACCCGCUCCACGCCGAUCCCGAGCCCGGCAAGAAGAUGGGCUUCGGCGGCCCCAUAAUCCACGGCCUGUUCAGCUGGAACUCAUCUGCACACGCCGUCCUGCAGGCAUUCGGCGCAAGCAAGCCAGAGAACCUCAAGGAGUUCCAGGCUCGUUUUGCAGCGCCCGUGAAGCCUGCUGACAAGCUCAUCAUCGAGAUGUGGAGGACAGGGGAAAAACAUGACAAUGGCUUCGAGGAGAUUAGAUUUGCCGUGCGCGUGGAGGGUGGAAAGACGGUCUUGACGAAUGGAAGGGCGAUCGUCAAGGUCGAGGGCCCGAUCAAGUCUAAGUUGUAGAUGUUGUACGAACAGUCAAAGCAAAAUGAAAAUCUUCG